UGCUGCUAUAGAGUGGCAUUGUCCUGCCUACUAAACACAAUGUCACCAAGGUCUAUUGACCACUGUAUGAGUACAGGUGACAAGGAACUCGUUUCAGACGCUAUUUUUCGUGCAACCAUCCCUGAAUUCGAAGGCCGCUCGUGUUUGGCUUUCGCCAAGGAAUAUCAGCCCACGCUGGCGGAACAUAGCGUCUCGUUCCUGUACAGAAAGCUCGCGGAAGACAGGGGAGCCUUACUUGGCCCUUACGAACUGGCUGAGCAUUUGCCCAAGUCUGUCAUUGGUCAAGACAAGGUUUUCAAAGAUCCUUACGCACUUGGCAAUCGCGGACAACGUAACGUUGCGCACGUGGAUGAAAUCUGUACAACCUUGAAAAAUGGAAAGAAGUUCUCUGCAAGUGGUGCGCCAUACCGCACAGAUAUUUUACUAGGAUCGCUAAAUAGAAAAAAGGGACCGAACAUUGCUACAGUGCGUAACAAAAAGUUCACCAUGAGACUUUAG